AUGUCGACAUCCGGCAAGAAUGUUUUCCUGAUUGGUCCCGGGUUUAUUGGCCGAAAUGUCGUUGAUAUACUUCUUUCGGAAGAGUACACAGUCACAACGCUAGUGCGACGCGAAUCCUACGGGGCCGAGCUCCAAAAAGACGGCAUCAACACAAUCCUCGGCACCCUCGAGGACAGUGAUACGAUCACCGCGCAGACCGUCGCCAGCGACAUUGUCAUCCACACCGCAACGGCCGACCAUCUACCGUCGGUCGAAGCGGUGCUCAAGGGGGUGCGAGCGCGAGCAGACCAAAACAAGCAGACCAUCUUCAUCCACACCAGCGGCACCAGCUUGCUCGGUGACGACUCCAAGGGCCAGUACAAGGGCGACAAGGUCUUUUCGGACGACGCGCCGCAGGACAUUGACGCACUUCCGGACACGGCGGCGCACCGCGAGAUCGACCUUGCCAUCCUCAAGGCGCGCAACGACCUCGGCGCAAAAGCCAAACUCGUCAUCAUGAUCCCGCCGCUAAUCUACGGGGUGAACGAAAAGUACAAGCGCCUCAGCAUCCAACUCCCCACGCUGACCCGCUUCGCUCUGAAACACGGCUACGCGGGCCAAGUGGGCGCCGGAGCGUCAGUGUGGUCGACGGUGCAUGUGCUCGAUCUGGCGAGGGCGUACGUCACGCUCCUCCACUGGCUCGAGAAGACGGACGCCCACGAGGUGCUCAAGAACCCAUACUUUUUCUGCGAAAACGGCGAGGAGUACCCCUGGGGCGAAUUCGUCAGGACCAUCGGCUCAACCCUGCACAAGGCAGGCCGGAUCCAAGACCCCAACCCGCGUACGAUCUCCGAGAGCGAAUACAACGAUCUGUUUGGCCCGUUCACCGCCUGGGUUGUCGGGAGCAAUUCGCGCAGCAGGGCGAAGAGGUUGCGCGAGUUGGGAUGGGAGCCGCGAGAGAAGGAUGUCCUGGCGAGUUUGGCCGAGGAUGAGAUCCCCAUUAUCCUAGAGGAGAAGGGAGAGUUUAGUGGCUAUGCUGGUGUUGCCGCGUCGGGAAAACCUUCGUGA